AUGGCACCUCUCUCAUCGAGGAUAUUCCCCCUCGCGAUCGGAGCUCUCGCCCUCGCACCACUGACCUCCGCAUGGACCCUCACAUGGCGCAACUCGACCGCCGGAGCCACCAUCGUCGAAGACAACAAGGCGGAAAACUGCACCCAGAUCUGGCACCAGGAAGGCGAACCGUUUUCCUGGGACCCAGAGGGAAAAUGGUGUAUGCACUUCUACAAGGACGCGGCAUGCGCGGAAAUCGCCGGUAUGGCCUGUGACGGCAGGCUCUGGCGCAAGGACGCCAGUCGCAAUCUCUCCGCCUUUGACGUCUACCCCAUGCCCCCAGACUCCGUCAGCGCCAUUUUCCCCUCGACCUCCUCCACAAGCACCACCUCAUCCACCUCAACAACCCCAAUCUCCACCGCCGUAACGACCACAGCCGCACAACCCCAAGCCCAAUCAGCCACCUCCGCAGCGGCAUCAACCACCCCAACCCAACAGCCAUCCUCAUCCUCUGUCUCCGGCGGCGCCAUCGCCGGAAUUGUCAUCGGCGCCAUCGCUGCCCUCGCCAUCCUAGCCGCCCUCUUCUUCUUUUGCGGAAGACGCAACCGCAAGCCAGCCCAGCCCGAUGCCUACCAGCGCGCUACAUCCCCACAAACACCGCAAUUCCCGCCGGGUUCCCCGCUGGGCCUCGUCUCAACGAACGAUACAGGCUCUGCGCCGCCAGCAAACGUCGUCCCGAACAAGCAGGUACUCGCCGAGAUGGAGAUGUCCCAGGCGUAUCCGCAUGCGCAUCCGGCGGGGUACGGAGGCUCCAAGUUCGUCGAGUUACCCGGGAACGGGAUGGAGGCGGAACUGAGCAAUAGCCGACAGGUGCAUGAGAUGGACGGGACGAGUGAUAUCAAGAGGCCGAUCUAUGAGGCUGCUUGA